AUGUUCAAGUGGGCGCAAGCGGCGCUGGCCAAUGUUGCCGGUACCAAGGAGCCUAUCUAUGGCCCCGAGGCCAUCAAGUCUGUCGCCGAGGAGGCCAAGACCACUCCCUAUACCGUAGCCACCAGAGAUGACCUGAAAUGGGCCGCCAUGGAGUCUACUUGCGUCGAGACACAGUGCUUCUACUUCAUGACGGACAGUGGCAAGCUCGCUUUUGCCCAAGUUAUCUACUCUAACGUUGCUGGCAUCCGCACGACUUGCCAGUUCAACUCCAAGGUCUUCACCCUGGAUGGAUCCAAGCCCCACCUCUGGUGCUCUACGCCCCUCAACAACCCCGAGUUCAGCGAGGACAAGACCAGCUUCUACGCCACCGAUUGCGCCGUCGAGCUUUCGGCAGAUGGAAACUCGUAUACAAUCAAGUCGUUGAACGAUGAAAGAUCGAUCGUCAACGUGACCGUCAAGAGGACAGCGCCGGGCUUCAAGGUUGGCACCUCUGGCACAACACUUUUCGGCACCGACCCUGCCAACCCUUGGGGUUCCAUGCGCCACAUUUUCUGGCCCAGGUGUGUCGCCGAGGGCACGAUCGCCACUCCUGAUGGUCCCGUCGACUGCAAGGGACGCGCCAUGUUCGUCCACGCUCUCCAGGGCAUGAAGCCUCACCACGCCGCGGCCAAGUGGAACUUUUGCGACUUCCAAGGCCCCAACUACUCUGCUGUCCUGAUGCAGUACACGACUCCCCCUUCUUACGGAUCGACGGUUGUGAACGUCGGCGGUAUCGUCAAGGACAAUGAGAUCAUCUUUGCCGGCGCGGAGGGUGCGGUUACGCACGUUGCGAUCAAGGGCGACACGGAAAACGACUGGCCCGCGCCGUCUGCUGUCAAGAUAGAUGUCAUGGCUGAGGUGCCAGGAUUCGUCAAGCAGAUCGUCGCGGGUGCUGUUGGCACAAAGCCGUACAUCUACCAGUAUGCGCCACAAAAGAAGAAGCUCACCCUCAAGCUCAAGAUUGGGGAGGAGGAAAUUUCAGAGGAGGGCUACCUGUUUGCCGAAGCCACCUUCAUUUCCGCAUAA